AUGAGCGAGGCCGCGGCGAUCGCCUCACUCACUGUCGGAGUGCCAUUUGCAGUGUGCGACAUGGAAGUAGACACCAACGCCAUUCCCUGGUCCAGCGGUAUGCUGUCACAAGGUGCCGCAUUUGGUGCCACUAUCAUGGGCGCGUUGGCCGACGCUCGUGGGCGGUGUCUGGCACUUCCCCUGGGCCUGCUGGUCGCCUCUUCUGGACUGUUGGUAACCGCCUUCGCGACCUCAGGAGCUGCCCUCAUCUUCGGCGCCUUGCUGCUCGGACUCGGGUUGGGCGGCGUGGGCCCCUUGGCGCGCGUAUACCUGGCGGAGAUCCUGCCCGCUCGCUGGCGCGGCUGCGUCCUGGUCCUGCUAGACGUCUGCUGGGUGGCCGCCUACCUCGCUUCUCUUCAUGCGUGGUGGGAGCUGAGUCCGCUGGGUGGGGCGCGUCCGCAGAAGCUGGAGGUGGCUACGCUGCGGCUGUGGUCGUGGCGAAUUGGAAUGGUGCUGACCAGCUUCGCGUGCCUGCUGUCCGCCUGCACCACGGGCGUGCUGCGCAAUACGGCCAGGCACCUGCUCUCCAGAGGCCGUCAGGGGGAAGCACACGUCGUCCUUCGCGGCAUGUUCGCUAUCAACCAUAACAAGCUUGAGGCUGACUACCAGGUGUGUUCCCCACCAUCCCUCCUCCGCUUGCUGAACAAAGUGCAUGUAUAG